UCCAUAAGUAAACGAACUCAAACCGUUGGAAGAUCCGAACUCAAUUUCCCAGCAUUCCUGUCGGCAAUAUGGUUGCGCACAGUUUCAGGCGCUGAGGACUGUGUGCUUUAAAGUUGUUACUAUUUGCAGCAAUGCCAACUUUAAUCGUAUUUAUAUUGCUCUUGGCCUCCAGCGUGUCUGCCUCGGAUUCAAAAGUCUCUCAGGAUGCCCGCAGUCCCACUGAGAGCUAUUUCAUGUGGUUAUGGCACAGCAGGUUGUACCUGUACUCAGCUGCUGCGCUCGUUUUUGGCCUCUGGUUCUUACUGAAGAAGAAAAGUGUUUCUAAAGAUUCCAGCAAAGAGGAGAAUGACAAAGCCGACAAAGCUCCAAAGAAGAACGACAGAGAGACCAAGGAGGUUCACGUGUCAGGAGUCAAAAUCUUCUAUGGCUCACAAACCGGGACAGCAAAGGGCUUUGCGAACGAGCUGUCAGAGGAGGUGAAGGCUUUGGGUUUACCAGCCGAGGUGAUUGAUAUGAAGGACUACGAUCCAGAUGAUCAACUUGCUGAUGAGUGCAUCAGUAAGUCGGUGUGCGUGUUUCUUGUGGCGACUUACACUGACGGACAGCCCACAGAAAAUGCUGAGUGGUUCUGCAAGUGGCUCGAAGAGGCAUCCACUGACUUCAGAUAUGGGAAGACCUACUUGAAAGGGCUCAGAUAUGCAGUGUUUGGCCUUGGAAACUCUGUCUAUGUUGGCCAUUACAACACGGUGUGUAAAAAUGUGGACAAGUGGCUGUGGAUGCUGAGUGGCAGACGAAUCAUGACCAGGGGAGAAGGCGACUGUAAUGUGGUGAAGAGUCUUAAUGGCAGCAUCCAGGCAGACUUCCUGGCCUGGAAGGUCAAGUUCCUGAACCGCUUAAAGACUCUGGCAAAGGGCGAGAAAAAGAGCUGCAGUGGGAAGUGUAAGACUGAGGGCUCCUGUAAGAACAAGAGGAAAGAGCGACAGGAAGAAGAGAAGAAGACCUCUCCACAGAAUAACAGCUCUGAGGAUGAUCUAGUGGAAUCCAGCAGUGAUGAAGAUGAGUCCGGUCUGCCAGAUGAGAAAAAAACGGUGCUCGACGUGGAGGAUCUGGGAAAUAUUAUGAACAGCGUUAAGAAAGCAAAGAGCAAAGAGGAGAGUCAAAGAGACGGCCAGAUGGUGAAGCUAUCCAAAUUAAACGGAGUGCAGAAGAUUGAAGACGAAGGGGAAAGAAGGGAGAUGAUCACCCCUGCCCUCAGAGAAGCACUGACAAAGCAAGGAUAUAAACUGAUUGGGAGUCACUCAGGAGUGAAGCUUUGUCGAUGGACUAAGUCUAUGUUGAGAGGAAGAGGAGGUUGUUACAAGCACACUUUCUACGGUAUCGAGUCCCACCGGUGCAUGGAGACUACCCCCAGCCUCGCAUGUGCUAACAAGUGUGUCUUCUGCUGGAGACAUCAUACCAACCCUGUCGGCACUGAAUGGCGCUGGAAAAUGGAUCCUGCAGAGAAAAUCCUGGAGGAUGCCCUGGAAAAGCACCAGAACAUGAUUCGACAAUUCAGAGGUGUCCCUGGAGUAAAGCCUGACAGGUAUGAGGAGGGCCUAGCAGUCAAGCACUGCGCCCUGUCCUUGGUUGGUGAACCAAUCAUGUAUCCUGAAAUCAACAACUUCAUUCGCCUCCUCCACCACCAUCAGAUCUCCAGUUUCUUGGUAACCAAUGCACAGUUCCCCCAGGAAAUCAGGAGUUUGGUGCCAGUUACUCAGUUGUAUGUCAGUGUGGAUGCCAGCACCCAAGACAGUCUGAAGAAGAUUGACCGGCCACUUUUCAAGGAUUUCUGGCCACGCUUCCUGGAUAGCCUCAAGGCCCUGGGAGAAAAGAAACAGAGGACGGUGUACAGACUGACGCUGGUCAAAUCCUGGAAUGUGGAGGAGAUGCAGGCUUACUCAGAGCUCAUAGCAUUGGGCCAGCCAGACUUCAUUGAGGUCAAGGGGGUGACAUACUGUGGGGAAAGCUCUGCGAGCAGCCUGACCAUGGCAAAUGUUCCCUGGCACCAGGAAGUGGUCACCUUCGUUCAGCAGCUAGCUGACAUGUUGCCUGAAUAUGAGAUUGCCUGCGAACAUGAGCACUCAAACUGUCUGCUCAUUGCACACACCAAGUUCAAAGUGGAUGGCGAGUGGUGGACAUGGAUCGACUACGAACGCUUUCAGGAACUAGUCCAAGCUUAUGAUGAGAGUGGAGGACAGCAGACUUUCUCUGCCUUGGACUACGUAGCCAAGACUCCCAGCUGGGCUCUGUUUGGAGCCCAAGAACAAGGUUUCGACCCUGCUGAGACACGUUUCCAACGACGCAACAAAAGCAAAGACAUCUCAGGAUGCUGAUAGAUGAGCGAGAGAGAAAAAACAGACAGAGGUAGAGUUACUAUAGUGAGCGCCAAUACUUAAAUAAAAAACUGAAAAUUUAGGGUUUGUUGUUGUUAUUGCUAUCCUCUUGGAGCUUCAGAGUUAUUUGUGUGUCUGUAUGUCCACAGCUGCUUUCCUUGUCAUGUGGACUCCCUGGUUUAAUUUCUCUUAUAUUUGAUUUCUUUUGACAUAACCUUUAAAAUCAGCCAAGGACCAGAAGAAAUUUACUCACUCCUAUUUUCUAGGAAUUUCCCGCAACAUCAGGUUAUUGCUUCUUUUUCUUCAUAGAUGUGCCUAGAUCUUUAAAAUACCUGACUUUUUGAAAUUAUUAUUAUAAAUAUGAAUGGCAUUGAUCCUUGUGAUAAGGCAGUGGCAAUAUUUUACUCUGUUGAAACCAUUGAUGGGUUUUUCACACGAUCUCAUCUUCAUUUCUAAAGCUUUUAAAUCCAGGUUUUAGUGAUGCAACUGCACAGUACAGGACAAGAUUAGCACAUAAGGAGUAGUGCCUAUAUUUCUCCUUAUGUUGUCCUUGGGAGCGCCGCAUCUUUCCCGGGCACCUUUGCUCUCCCUCCUACUCAUUAGGACUGUGGUUGUUUUUAUUUAGAAGGAAAAGAGUUGAGCAGUGAGAGAAGAGCAUCAAGGCUGCACCUCCAUGGGAGAGUCGUUUUACAGCACAUACUUCUUGAGGCUCUUUUUUUUUUCCAGUUUUCUUCCAAUGCAUUGCAUUCUCUCUUUUCUGGCAGUGUCACCUUUGACUGGUUUCACCACUUCGUAUCUGGAUGAUAGAUAAUAUGUAGCUUUUCAAACAUAUGAUGUGAACUGUUUUAUUAAAAACAAAAUCUUGUGUUUGAAGUAUUUCAGUACCGUAGUCAUAAAAAACUGUCAACAUUUUGUGUUUGAUCAUUUGAGCUAAACUAAGAAAUGUUUAAAAUGUUUAAUAUGAUAAAGUGGGCAUGGUUGUAUCACUAUUUCACAUCAAAAACUCAGAAUCUUAGUCUAAAACAGGUCAUAGCUUAAUUUACACAACCCUGGGUACAAAGAUGAACCAGAUUAAGGUUGAAGUUUAGAUUGGAUUGGUACUGUAAUUUUUAUAUGUGGAUGAAAAUCUACAAAUUCAGAUGAAUUUGGUUUGUUUUGUAAGGUCUCUGACGUGGCGGUGUGUUAAUGUAUCACUGUAAUAAAUUUCUUUGCAAUAA